AUGUUUCUCUUAUUGUUGAUUUUAUAAUUGGUUAGCUCUUAUUUCAUAAAUAAAGACGAAUUCAAGGUACUACAAUUAUAAUAUAAGAUAUUUGAUCAUUCCUUAUCCUAAGCUGCAGACCAUGACCUUUUUAAUGGAACAUAUAGAGAAUAUCUGGCUGGUUAGAUUGAAGAUGGAGAUUAAAUUAUUGCUGUUGCAUCAUUAUCCUAAACCUUUAAUCAUACAAUUCAUGUGGCUAUUCUAUCACUAAAUAAACAAUAGACUUAUACUGUUUAUUCCUUAUUCUAUGAUAAAAUGGUAUAUAUAAAAUGAAAAUUAAUAGCAAUUAAAACUAUUCACUAUAAAUAGGUAAAAACCUAAAUAUAUCAAUUCAUGUAAUUAAAUUGCAUUUGAUUAAUCUUAAUAUGUCUUGGCAUGUGGUUAGCAUUAUCAAUUUCAAAAUGGAACUUUAUUAACACUAAACUAAUUAGAAUUGUAGAAUACAAUUUAUUUUUAAUCUCAUUUAAAUGGAUUUAUAACUAUUACACAACAUUAAAUCUUUUAUUUUGAUUUUAAUUUUUAACUUAUAAGAUAGUAAUAACAUAAAGCUUAAGCAUUUUUAGUUACUGAUUAAUACCUCUAUUUAGCAGAAUUAUAAAAUAUUAUAAUCUUAAAUAUUAAUGAUUAAGAAGAUAUAGAAACAAUCUCUUUAGAAUGUAAUUAAAUAAUCAAAACAUUUGCAGUUUUUCAAGACUAUUUAUUUGCUUAAUGUGAAAAACUGAAACAAAUUGAUCAAAAAGGAAAAAUAAUUGAAUUUAAUUAAACUCAUACUUAAUUUCUCACUUAAACUAGAAAAUUUAUGAUCAUUGACAAUAAUAUAGCUUUUAAUAUUAAAUACCAUUCUUAAAUUUAUUCUUCUUCAAAUAAGAUAUAUACUAUAAAUUUUGAUGAUCAUCUUAUUACUUUUAAGAAUAACAAUAUUUAUGUUAUUUAAUUACUUGAUUUGAGUGUAAUUUCAGCAAAAAAUACAACAGAUAGUUUUUAAAUUGGAGAAUUAGAAUUUAUAGUUCUAGAUUAUGGUUUAAAGGCAUUAAAACCUUUUUAAACUACAAAUAAUCAAUUACAGAAACCAUAAACAAAUAAAUUUUAUUAUAAUGAAUAUAUUAUUGGAAAUGAUUUACUAGUAAGUGGAGAUGGAAUAGAUUCUGGACUUUUUGAAAAAAUACUAAAUACUCAGCAAUUAAAUACUGAUAAUUUAAUAGCUGUGAUUAAAUAUUAGUUAGAAAAAAUAGUUUUCUUUUUUCUAGAUGAUUAAACCAUUUAUGCUGAUAUCUGUUAAUUUAAUGAAAUGAAUAUUGAAUAUUAUUGUAUAGAUUCAUAUAUCUUCACAAGAGUCAAAUCACCUAUUUUUAAUUUUUAAACAAUUUAUGAUUAAUUGACUGAUUAAUUUGUAGUAGCAUAUUGUACUGAAGAUACACCAGGAUUACAUAUUUUUAUUGAUGAUAAUUUAUAUAUAGAAAAGGAUGAUUUGAUUAAAUAUUUUUUAGGAUAAGAAUUCUUAAUACUUGUAAAAAAAUAAAACAAAUAAUGGAUAGAAAUCUUUAGGUUAUAAUUUGAAAUUUAUGAUUUAGAAGCUAAAUUAUUUAUAAAUGAAAAUAUCAUUCAAAUUGCAUUUGGAAUUGAUGAACUCUAUAUUUUGGAUGAUAAUAAUUAAGUAUCAAUCAUAGUAGAAUCAAUCUAUGGCUGGUAAUUAGUAUUUAUAUAAAAGUUCACUUAAUAAAUUUAAUCAAUAAAUUAUUCUAAUAAUUAAUUAAUUAUUAUAGCUGAUUAAGAAAUAUUCAUAUAUUCAUAAAAUUAACUCAGAGGAAUUGUCUAAUAUAACCUUCCUUAACCUAAAGUAUUUUAUUCGACUGAUAAAUAUCUCUAUAUAACUAAUUCUACUCACUUAAUUUAAUUUAAUUUUAAUUAACAUUAAGCUUUAUCAAAUUCUAUAUUAAGAAUAAUAUAAUAACCAUUAAGUUAAAAGCUUUUUAUUAUUGAUUACCCAUAAAUGGAUCUAUUAUUUUUUAAUAAUAAAGUUAUAGGACUUUAAGAUUAAAAGCAUUUUACCAUAUCUACAUAUUCUUAAAGAGAACAAUAUUUUAAUUUGCUAACCAAAAAAUUGUAAUUCUCUAAUUCAUUUAAUGAAUCAAUACAAAUUGAAAUCACUGUUGUAGGAACCCAAUUAGCAUUAAGAGUGAUACCAUAUACUUAAGAAAAUCUAUUAAAGCCCUUAAAUAGAAUUAAUAUAUAGGAAAUUUUUGAUGGACCCAUAUCAAAUAUUUAUAUCAAAGAAACAGAUUAAGCAUCAUUUAAGUAAAUAAUAUCUAAAAGUAAAAUUAUGAAUCCCCAAAUAACUCAAAACAAAAUAAUUGAUCUUAUAUACUUAUAAUAAGAAGAGACUUUAUUAUUUCAUUCUUAAUUACUUUAACAUUGUAUUCUAAAUAAAGAAUGUAAGACUUUAAAAUUAGUUGAAGAUCAAAAAUGCAAUUCAUUAGAUUAAUCUUAAUAGUAUGCGUUUCUAAUUUGUUAAAAUUAUUUAUUGUAUUUUAAUAAAUAAUCACCACAAGAUAUUAAAAAAUUAAUAACAAAUUUUACUAAAAUAUCUAAAUUAAGUUUUGAUUAAAAUUUAAUAGCUAUUUAUGGAUAAAAUAAUUCAACUAACAACAUCGCUAUUUAUGAAGAUUUUAAAUUAAUUUAUUUUAAGUAGAGUAAUGAUUUACAAGAUAUACUUAUUGUUAAUAAAACCCUUUAUUAAUUAAGGAAAAUUGAAUUAAUUAUUAUAGAUUCUAAUCUAAAUAGUGUAUCUAUUUAAUUACUAGAAGAAUUCUGUAAAUAUAAUGAUUCUAAACUUUUUAUUGACACUGAAUUCAGAUAAAUUAAGUAUCUAUCAAAUAAUACUUAUCUUAUUACAACAAAUAAUGGUCCAACAUUUUAAAUUGAAAUUACUUUUGAUUACAAAAUUUAAAUAAUUAAAAGAUAUACAUCAAUUCCUGAAUAUUUUCCAAUAGAAUUGACCUAAAUAAAUGAUUAAAUCUUUUCUAUUGUUUUCUCUAAUUAUAAGUAAACUUAUGCAGUUUUUUAUUAAAUUCAAAUGUAAAAUUUGAUACCUUAUUUUUAAUCUAUAUAAUUAGGUAAAAAGAUAUCCAAAAAUUAUAUACGUAAAAGUUAAGAAAAUCGUUUAGCUAUUAGAGAUAUAUUAAAUAAAACCUAAUUGAUAGAAUAUGAUAUAAAUCAUUAUGUAAGGAUUUUUAAUAUAAUAAGGCAUAAAUAAUAUCGAAAAUGAAAACUGAAGAGUCAUUACGUUUAACAUUUAUUGCUGAAAAUUUUAAUUUCCAAUCAAUUAAUGAGAUAAUUCAAUUGCAAAUAAAAAUAAUAGGUGAAGAAGAGUAUAAAAUUAUUUUAUUUAUAGAAUUGAUAUUAAAGAAUAGCUUAAUUUUAUAGAAAUCUUUGGUUAUUUAGUGUUAGGAUUGGUUUUACUUUUAAUCUUAUUAUUGGUUGCUAGAUAAAUAAGAAGGUAUCGGCUUUUUAGAGAUUUAAAUUUAAAAGAGAAGAAGAGAUUUGAUGAAGAGAAAAUAGAAUAUAAUUGA